AUGACAACAGCUCCUUCCCGCCGAGGUUUAAGCGGGCUAGUACUGGUAUGCCACGGAGAUACCUCCUUCCAAAUAGGUCCCACAACUCCCACAACUCCCAACGACCUUGACAUCCCUUAGACAAUCAUCACCAAGGGCACUUCGCCGUAUCGCCAGAAGAACGAAGCAAUGGCGCCUGCGGGUACAGCAACUCUCGAUACCCUUCCUCCCGAAAUUCUACUCAAUAUCCUCCGCCACACCCCUCAUAACUCUAUGGCCGCUCUUGCGUUGGUAUCCAAGAGCAUUCACCCACAUGCAAACACCCUGCUCUACACAUAUGUUCAUUUUGAUGAGAGAAAUGAUGAACGGGCCAAAUCGACUUAUGAGGACAUCGACGACGACGACGAUAUUUUUCUAUGA